AUGGAUCUCCUUACCAACGUUUCAAGGCCCAUCUACGACCCCAUUCGGGACGGCACGGGCUACAGGGCAGGCGCAAGAAUCGCCCGGGUCCAGUUGCUCGUGGCGCUCUUCCUAGGCCUUUCUGCCUUUCUUAUCUUUUGUAUACUACGAAAGAAGUACCCCAGGAUCUAUGUGGCCAAUUUCAACCGAAUCAACCAGAAUUACCUCCAUAGUCAUCUGCGGCAGAACUUGCCUUUGCUCCCGCAAAACUCGUUAUUUGGCUGGGUGCCCAUUGUGUUUAAAAUCAGUGAAAGCCAGGUGCUAGAACAUGCUGGGCUUGAUGCAGUGGUGUUUCUUGGUUUCUUUAAGAUGUGCAUCACAGCGUUGGCCACGUGUGUUGUGUUUGCUGUGACGGUGAUUUCUCCCGUUCGGUAUAAGUAUACGGGCCGUAUGGACCUUCCGGAUCCGGAUGACGAUGGGGAUGGAGAUGAAGGUAAUAACUCUACGGUUACUGGGCUGGCGGCAGUGGGGUUUGGCGUGAAGCUCGUGGAGCUUCUUAAACAUAAGAAACCUGACGAUGAGCCGAUUUUGUGGAUGUACACGGCGUUCACGUAUGUGUUUACUGGUCUUGUUAUCUACCUUCUUCACAGACAGACAUUGAGGAUUAUUGAUAUGAGACAGAGCUACCUUGGGAAACAGAGUUCUAUUACGGACCGUACAAUCAAGCUUCUGGGUAUUCUGCCGCUGUUGCGUGAAGAAGAGGCGCUCAAGAGGCAUAUCAACCUGUUGGGAGUGGGAGAAGUCCAGGAUGUGGUUGUGGUUAAGGAAUGGAAUGCGCUUAAUACCUUGUUUAAGUUGCGGAAGAAGGUUCUUCGGCUGCUUGAGGUUACGUGGGUGGAGUAUUUGAGCACCAAUGGGCUUAAGAAUACUACCGAUGUGAUGACUUCUCGGAUAAGGCCUUCGAUAGGUGAUCUGUUUAAUCUAGGGCAAUCGCUGGGAACGGCAUUUACCGAUGAAGAAGAUGGCGCUGGGUCUACUAGUGACGUUGAAAGUAACGCUGCUUCGGCGGUUUCAACGCCGUCCAUCAUUGACCAGAUCUCUGAGCAUAUUGAUGACCAUAACGCUCUUGACGGGAGUGCCAGCCAACUUCCGCUUUUAAACGACGAUGCUGCAAAAAGACCAAAGAUGAGAAAGGGCUGGUGGGGCAUUUUUGGCCCUGAAGUCGAUUCUAUCAGCUACUACACGAACCAGCUUGAAAUCAUCGAUAAGGAGAUCAAACGGUAUAGGCUUCGUGAGUUUCCUCCAAGUUCUACUGCGUUCAUUACUAUGCGUUCGGUCGCUCAAGCCCAGAUGCUUGCCCAGGCAGUGCUUGACCCCAAAGUGAACCAUUUAAUUACCAACUUGGCGCCUGCUCCUCACGAUAUCAUCUGGGAGAAUCUCUGUUUGACCAGAAAAGAACGUAACACCAGAAUCUUCUUUGUUAUGGUCUUUAUUGGUCUCGUUUCCGUUCUUUUGGUGUUCCCGGUGAAGUUCUUAUCUAAUUUCUUAAACGUCAAGACCAUUUCGAAGGUUGCACCUAAAUUGGGGGCCUUUUUGAAAGACCAUAAGUGGGCAGAGAACCUCAUUACAGGUAUUUUACCUCCUUAUGUCUUUACCAUAUUCAACAUCGUCAUGCCAUAUUUCUAUAUUUGGGUCACGAAGAGACAGGGCUAUACGUCCCAUGGAGAUGAAGAGUUGUCUAUUGUCUCCAAGAACUUCUUUUACAUCUUUGUGAACUUGUUCCUUGUGUUUACGCUUUUCGGAACUGCUAUAAUCAGUGAUACUGCUCAGCUCGCUUACCAAUUGGCGUAUUCACUUCAAAAGUUGAGUUUGUUUUAUGUGGAUUUGAUUAUCCUUCAGGGCAUUGGUAUUUUUCCUUAUAAAUUGCUCCUUUUGGGUAACCUUCUCAAGUAUCCUAUUGGCAACAUCUUCUGGUGCAAGACGCCCAGAGACUAUCUUAAUCUUUAUAAGCCGCCGGUGUUUAAUUUCGGGUUGCAGUUGCCACAGCCUAUCCUUGUAUUAAUUAUUACCAUCACAUAUUCCGUGAUUUCGACGAAAAUCCUUACCGCCGGGUUGAUCUAUUUCAUUAUCGGGUACUUUGUGUUUAAGUACCAGUUGCUUUAUGCAUGUGUCCAUCCGCCACACAAUACGGGUAAAGUGUGGCCGUUGGUGGUCAGAAGAGUCAUUUUGGGACUUUUGAUCUUCCAUACCACCAUGUUCGGCACGCUUGCCUCGCUGAAGGCGUAUGUGUGUGCCACGUUUAUGGUUCCUUUGGCUGUCUUUACGAUGGCGGUGCUUUGGAACUUCCACCGCCAUUACAUCCCCUUGUCUUCGUUCAUUGCCUUGAGAGCCAUUGAAAACAACCAAUUGCCUUUCCACGGCGACGAGGAGGAGGAUCUUGAAGACGAUAAUGCUCUGGACAGAGGCCAAACCUUGGAUGAGCGCAGAGAGUCGCAACAAACGUACGAGUAUCCAGACUUGAUUAAUGACCUCGACGGUCCUAUUAUUGCGUUGGAGAACGACCAGGUGCUUGUUAUUGGUCCCGAUGGACAUACAUCCAAAAAGCCCAUUCCUGAGUUUUAA